AAAGCAGGAUGUGGAGGGUAUUCCAAUAUCCCGGACAGGAGCGGUACACCAGCGUUGCAGUGUCAGUUCAAAACCAAAUGAGGUGUCAAAGCCCCAGAAAUGACGCUUUCAAGUACAUGACAGACACAAAGCAGGAUGUGGAGGCUGUGCCAAUAUCCCCGACCAGUGCGGUACACCAGGGUUGCAGUGUCGGUUCAAAACAUGAUGAGGUGUCAAAGCCCCAGAUAAAUGACGCUUUCAAGCACAUCACUGAUGGCGUGCAGGAAGAUGUGGAGGCUGUGCCAAUAUACCCGACCAGUGCGGUACACCAGGGUUGCAGUGUCGGUUCAAAACCAAAUGAGGUGUCAAAGCCCCAGAUAAAUGACGCUUUCAAGCACAUGACUGACACAAAGCAGGAUGUGGAGGCUGUGCCAAUAUCCCCGACCAGUGCGGUACACCAGGGUUGCAGUGUCGGUUCAAAACAAGAUGAGGUGUCAAAGCCCCAGAUAAAUGACGCUUUCAAGCACAUCACUGACACAAAGCAGGAUGUGGAGGCUGUGCCAAUAUCCCCGACCGCAGCUGUACAUCAGGGUUGCAGUGUCGGUUCAAAACAAGAUGAGGUGUCAAAGCCCCAUAUAAAUGACGCUUUCAAGCACAUCACUGAUAACAAGAGGAACAAGCAGAAGAUGCUGCCUCUGUCUGAAGACAUUUCAAAGCUUCAGACACACCUUCAGAGAACUUCUGAAUCAUUGACGGAAGCUUUGGAAGAGAGAUUUUUUAAACAUAACUGGGAGCUUCUCAGCAAAGUAACACUGGCAAAACUUGUUCUAUUCAACAGACGGCGUGGCGGAGAAACAGAGAGAAUUGAAGUAGUGCAUUAUGAAAACAGAAGAAAUAAAUCAGAGCAGGCACCUAAAGAAGUAGAAGAUUCUUUAAGUGAAACAGAGAAAGUCCUUUUGAGAACACUGUCCAGAGUUGAAAUUCGUGGGAAAAGGGAUCGUACUGUCGCAGUCCUUCUUACUCCGAACAUACAAAAAAACAUUGAUCUUCUGCUGAGAUACAGAGCAGACGCAGGUGUAGAUAAAGAAAAUGCAUACGUUUUUGCAAGAUCCAAUUCUAGGUCGCAGUUUCCCCUUAGAAGUGCAGACGUCUUAAGAAAAUUUGCAAAAGAAGCAAGUCUGGAAUGCCCAGAAAGUGUCACUAGUACACAAUUGAGGAAGCAUGUUGCCACAGUGGUCCAGAUUUUGAAUCUCAGCAAAAACGAUUUGGAAGUAUUGGCAAGGUUUAUGGGGCAUGACAUCAAUAUUCAUAGAUCAUUCUAUCGCCUCCCACAAGAAAUAAUCGAAGUGGCUAGGAUGGGAUGUCUUCUGACAGCCUUUAACAAGGGAACUAUUGGACAGUUCAGCGGGAAGUCCAUUGAUGACAUAGAUCUUGAAUUAGACAAUGGUGUAAACAGUGAGAGUGAGGAUAGCAAUGAUGAAGAGGAAAUUCAUGAAGCAGAUGACUUGACUGAAAAUGCCAUAGAGGAAGAUAUGGAGACUGUGCCAGUAUCCACACUGGGUGCUGUACAGGGCUGUAGUGUCAGAUCUAAUCCGGAUAAGGUGACAGAGCCCAAGAAAAGUGGCAAUAACCGGCCCAAGACUGGAGAAGUAGUGAAGCUUACAGAACAUCAGCACAGGCUACUUAAAACUUUGUUCAAAACAAAUAUAGCAAUGAGAAGGGAACUACAGAAAGAUGAGUGUGAAAAGGUUUCUAGGAAACAUGACGCUCUUCAGAACCUCACCUGGAAAAAAAUUAAGAACACUGUCCAUAAUUGGAUAAUGGCUGAGAAACGGAAAACAAAAAGAUAUUAACAUUCAGAAUGUAAGGCUAAUUUACUGAAAUGGAUCGUCAUUAUGUGACUGAAUUACUGUAAAGGAUAAGCACUAUUAGACUAAUUGUUAAUCAUUAUGUGAUUGAAUUGUUGUAAAGAAUGAGAACUGUAAGGCUAAUUAUCCCCCGCCAUAGGCGGAGGGAUAUUGUUUUGGCGUUGUCCGUCCGUCUGUCCGUCCGGCACUGUUGUGUCCGGAGCCAUACUUUGGAAGUGCUUUGGCGGAUUUCAUUGAAACUUGGUAUGAGUGUAUAUAUGGAUAAGAGGAUGAUGCACGCCAAAUGGCAUUGUACACCAUCUGUUAAUAACGGAGUUAUGGCCCUUUGUAUCUUGAAAAAAUGCUUUUUAAUAUAAGCUUAGAGAUUUAUUUCCAUUAACACAUGAGCCAGAGCCACGAAACUUGCCAUGGCUGUUCUCAAUCAUCUGGGGGUGCUUCACAUUCAACACCCAUAAUCCUAGGGGCUAAAGUCAAGGUCACACAUUGAGGUCAAAGGUCACAAAUUUGAUGAAUUCUUCAUUAUUUAGUUAUUCCUUUACUAUGCAUCAAGGUAUUCACAUCAAGGGUCAAGGUUACACAAAUGCUUCAUGUAAGGUUGUACGCUAAACCCCUAAACUGACCAGCAUUUUUCCCAUAAUUAUGUAUACAUCUUUGUACUUAAAAUUACAGGUUAGAGAUUUUGUGCUCCAUCAAGGGAGAGCAUAUAGUCGCUAACUUGUCUGUCCUUCCUUCUCUCAUAAUUAUAUUCCGCCAAAGGCGGAGGGAUAUCAAAUUGGUGUUGUCCAUCCGUCCAUCUGUCAGUAUGUUCAUCCGUCUGAUUUGCACCCAUCCUUGAACAAAAUGUAUGUGGCGGGGGAUAUCAUUUCAACAAAUUUGCUUGUUGAUCAUCAUUUUAAGAUUGAUCAUCUGUAAAGGAUAAACAUUGUAAGGCUAAUUGAUCAUC